GGCUGUUUUUACUCUUUUGCUGAAGCAAGGCUCAAAACGAAAACUGCAUUCAGUAGCCUAAGCUAGGCAAAGCCAUGUCACAAGCAUAGCCGCUCAUAAGCUCAUAAUCCACCACAGAUCAACCUGAAACCGCAAAUGGCCAUUGCUAUUGAUAGCUACUAUUAAUAGCUAGUACCGUGGCUUUGAUUCUGGUAUCCUCUUGCUACCUUAGCUUUCUUUUCCGAUUUUCCAAACUGGAUCCUCCAAUCAAUCCUCCUCCUCCUCCCCCUCCGCCUCACGCUUCUGCCGCUGCUGUCGCCCCUGAAGACAAAGACGAGUCAGAGACUCCUGAUCAAGCUCAGGCUGAAGCCCAGGCUGAAGCGCAGGCACAAGCCCAAAUUCCCGCCAUGAUCUGCACAUACCGAGACCACGCCGCAGAAGAGGAAGUAGACCCAACCGUUUCAUCUCUGCAGGAAGCCAAGCUGGAGCCUCAGGGGGAUGCAGCUGAGCAAGUCGUCUUCCCCGUCAAGCUCCAUACUAUGCUUGGACAAGUCGAAAAGGAUGGCCUUGCCCAUGUGGUGGGAUGGGCUCCCCACGGUCGUUGCUUCAUGGUCCGAAACAAGGAAGAGUUCGUCAGCCGAGUCUUGACUACUUGGUUCAGACAGAGCAAGUUUGCUUCCUUCCAAAGACAGCUUAACCUAUAUGGUUUCAAGAGAAUCACCACAGGACAAGAUAAGGGCGGAUACUAUCAUGAACUGUUCCUUCGCGGCAAGAUCUUUCUCUGUUAUCGAAUUGAGCGCGUCAAGAUCAAGGGAUCCAAGCCUGGAAGAGUAAAGGCAUACGCGGAUGCAGAGCCAGACUUUUACAGGAUGGCUCCUUUGCCAUCAGACCCAACCAAACAGGGCGCCCUUCAUGGACCAGGACCACUCAAUCCUAAUGCAAUCCAAAAUCCUCCUCCUCUCGGGGCUCAACCGCAAGGCGCUCCAAUGCCCAUCAUGGCUCGGCCUCCUCAACAACAACAAGUCCUCGCGUUUCCAGUGCAUGCCCCGGCUGGAGCCACCACAAGGAACAACCGAAUCGGUGCUGCUGCUCUCCCAGAGAUUAGACCCAUCGAGAGAAACUUGUCCUUUCAUGACUUUAGCCGGGGUGACAUCUCUUUCCUCUCGGGACAGCCACAGCCCAUGCCAUUGGCCAGAAACUCACCUUCAGCCGUAAGAAACUCUCCUCAAGCAGCACCAGGUAUUGAAGAGCAAAAGCAACACAGCCCACCAUUGGAUGGUGAGGAAAAUGUCGUGCAUUCGCCAAACAGUGCCACAAGAUCUGCAGGAUCCGUUCAAAUAUUCCAAAACGCAACCAACAAGGACGUGGACAUGCUCUCGGGAAGAGGAAACUACAGGCUCUUGCCCGAUCCAAAUGCAUGGCCACCAGCCUCCUUCUUGCCGGGUCCUCUUGCCAAUAGCAACGCAAACGUUGGUAGUGCAAACAACAAUGCCGCCAACAAUCUCGCUGUCGCUGCGAACCAUAUCGAUGCCGCUGACGGGGCUCAUGGUAGUGGCGCCUUUUCUUCGGUUCAUCCCAUGUUGCAGGCUAGCGGGAGAACUAACCUUGUAAACCUGCGUGGUUCUAGUGGGGGACAACUGUUCCCUCCCCUGCCUUCCCUUGCAUCCGCUGGAGGACCUGCACAACAACAACCGCCCCCUCCACAGGAAAACCAAUUGCAACAGCAACUGCAACAGCAACAGCAGCAAGUUGCACAGCAGCAACAGCAGCAAGUUGCACGGCAACAACAAGUACAGCAACAGCUGGGACAACAACAGCCAGCAGCUAUGGUGUUGGAAGCCCUGGACUUGCUGGAUAUGCCCGGUGAUGUGCUCUCCCAGUAUCUCCCCACAGCAGAAUCACUGGCACUGGAAGACCUGUUUGGCGCAUCAGCUGCAGCUGCAGCCACCAAUGCUGCCUAUGCAAUGGGUGUAUCCGCACCGGGUCCAUUCCAAGGCGGGAUUUCUAAUGGCACAGUACCCCCGCAACUACUUCCGUUCCUUUCGCCCGCACCUCCUCAAGCACAGCAACAGCCACAGCCACAACAGCAAGUGGCACAACAGGCAAUCAUGCCAGGGCAAUGGCAACAGCCCAAUGGUACUUUUCUUUUGUUGGCACCUGCUCAAGCACACCAACUGCCACAACCACCAGUUGCACAGCAGGCCAUCGGCAUGCCAGGGCAAUGGCAACAGCCCAAUGUUGCAGGGGGCAAUGCACAGCAGGGCAACGCAGAGACGAAUAGAGGAGCUGAAGGCGAUAGUAACCAACAGCAAGCACGAGAAGGGGGUGGAGGAGCAAACCAGGACAAUUCCAACUGUACCCAUCAAUGA